GAAUCGACUUUUGAAAUUAUAAUAAGGAAGUCAUUAGUUUAAUCAUGUCAAUAUGUAAAUUUCCUCGAGUACUCUUGCAGGAAAGUUCACUGAAAGAAAUUCAGUCACGAAUCACAUGACGAAAGCGUCAUUGACUAAAAACACUGUCUUUUAAAAUAAGAUACCUUUAGGUUAUGCACAUCAGUUUAUCUGUCAAACAUCUUACAAAAUGGAGAAACACAUGCAUUUAUGGAGGGGUGCUGAUAAAUUGUCAUAUACUUUUGGUGACAAACCAAAUGGCAUAAUUUGUAGGCUUGUUACCAUUAAAGAUCACAUUUUUGUUGCAACGACUACUCAUAAUUUGUACUAUGGAGAGGUAUCAUUUUUGGAGAAUAAUUCUGCGUCAUUAAUUUUCAAAAGGGCUCAAUAUGAUGUGAUCGACUUAGCAUCCAAUUCGGAUUAUUUAUUUAUCGUAGAUAAUAAUGGCCAUGUUUUGAAAGUAAAUCCACAGGAUAUGAGCAUAGUCGAUACAAUAAUUCUAAAAGAAGAAGUUAAGUGUUGUAGUCAUGGAUAUAAACAAGAAAAUGAAAUUGUCAAAGUAAAAUCAAUAGCUGUUAAUGAUCAAACAGCAUUAUUUGUAACAGAAAGUGGACAAUUAUGGGCUAGUGGAAAUCAAUCGCAGAUAGAUAUUAAUAGUAUAGAGCCCAAAAAGGUUAAAUUUUUUGAGGGCAGAACUGUGUCCACUGUUUCAUGUGGUUCAAACUUUAAUGUAGUUGCUGUAAGAAAGACAACAAAGACAUUAAAAGAUGAUACUGAUAGUGAAAAUGAAUUGGAAGGAGAAAUUUUUGUUGAUUCAUGUCCUCAAUGUCUCAAUACUAUGCUUUUAAGUCCAACAAGUUUAACAUCAUCUGACACUUGCCCUACUGGACUUAAUGCACAACAAUUUAGUGAAGACCAUUCAACUAAUUCUAUUAGUGCUUUAUCUGUUGCUAGUAAAGAACAAGAUACUCCAUUUACAGAGGGUAGUAAAAAAAAACAGAUGUCUGAAAUAGUGGAAAAUGGAGAAAUUUGUUCUGAUAAUCCUAUAGAUAAUGGAAAAGAAGAAAAAAAGAAUGUUAUUUUUAUAAACACAGAAGCAGCAAGGCAAUUUUUAACUAGACAAUUAUCUUGGGUUUCAUCUUAUGGAAGUGUUAAAGAAGAUAUACCUUUAGAAAAUAUUGAAAAACCAACUGGACUAAUAAAACAAAAUGUGUCUAAUGUAGCAAAUUUAGUUUAUGAAGGAGUGAAAAAUGUAGGAGGUAAAGUUGUUACGUUAUCCAGGCAUAUGAGUGGAAGUUUGGAUAUGAAUGAAUUUAAAGAUGACAGUAGUGAACAUUUAGAACAACUAGCAGAAGAAUAUUCAAAACCUGCAGCUACUAGUUUGGCACUAAGUUUACGCUGUGAAGAAUUUCCCUGGUCAUCAAGUACUGGUUCCUCAGAGCAUGAAUUAUCUCAGCAAGGAUUGAAUGAAAGGAUCAAUACAUUAACUUGUACUGGCAAUAAUAUUCUAUCUACCGAACUUUGGACAUGGGGUGAUAUUCAAUAUGGACAAUUAGGAACAGGAGAUAUUGUUAAGCGUAUACGACCUAUUUUGGUGGCAAAGCUCAGUAAUAUUGGACUUAGAAAAAUUUCAUGUGGUGCAUUUCAUAUACUUGCACUAACAUUAGAUGGAAGAGUUUUUGCUUGGGGUAGAAAUAAUUAUAAACAGGUAACAUUGGAACAAAAUAUGUAUCAAAGUGCACCUCGAUUAUUUACUACAAAUAUAUUUCCAAAUGAAAGAGCCAAAGAUGUGGCAGCUGGUAGUUUUCAUAGUUUAGUUAUGAUGCAUCAUGGUUUAUACUUUAUUGGACAGUCAAGUAAACCUGGUGAAAUGUUCCAACUUGACAUUGAGACAAGUAAUAAUUGUAGUCCUCGGCAAAUUUUUAGUUCUGGUAUCUAUAGCUGUUGUUCUGUGAUAAAUGAACCUAAGAUAAAUAUUUCUGAGGAUUUGGUAAGCGAUCAAAUCUUCUUGGAAGAAAUAUUGGUUAUAUACCAAAAUUUAAUCAAACCAUUUCAAAAGAGAGGAGGUGCUAUGCAGGAAUCCAAUGUAUAUGAAACAUUAUGUCGAUGUUAUACUGAGUUGUUAAGUUUCAGUGUAUUGAAUGUUAUUAGUUUAUGGGAUUAUUUUAAUCAUAUUAGUGAAGCAUAUGAAGUGACAGUUAUUGCUAAUGUUGAGGAAUAUAUUACUGUGUAUAAAUAUUACUUAAAUGCAGUGUGUGAUGUUAUUUCUUUGAGUGGAUUUACAUAUAUUGUAAAAAUAAUUGAAGUACCACAAGUAAUAACAAAUUUAUUUAAAGAUAAGUUAAAAAGUAAUGAAACUAAAAAGCUUUCUGAUGAAACUGUUAUUACUAUGGCAUUACAGCAUCCACUGCGUAAAUUAAAUAGAUAUAAGAAUAUGAUUUUAAAUUUGAUGAAAUGUAAUGGUUCAAGAAUGGGUGUAGAACGGUUGCAUGAAGCUUUAAUAAAGUGGGAACAGAUAUGUGAUGAGCAAGAGAAACAACAGAAAGAGGCUGAAGUAACUAAAUUAUUCUGGGAAAGUUCUGGUAAACUUGGGGAAUUAUUAAGAUCUCCUGACAGAAGGCUUAUUAGAGAAUCACGAAUGCAUCCUUUAUUGAUACUUAAUUCUGGAAGAUUUUCUACACAUUGGUUUGUUUUAUUAACUGAUAUAUUUAUUCACGUUACUGGUACUUCUCAUAUAGUACAUCCACUUCAAACUCUAUGGGUAGAGCCUUUACCAGACUCUGAAACAGUACAAAAUGCUAUAUCAGUAGUGGCUCCAGAAGAUACAUUUGUAUUAUAUACUCCAACACCUCCUGAACGCAAUGAAUGGUUGCAUGAUUUAAAAAAUGCCAUAAACUGUAGUCUGCAAAAAGUUAUUGGACAUGUACCUCCAAUAGUACGGUCUAGCUCAUUCUCUUUCACAAAGCACAGUGUUUUCAAAGAUGCAAAAUAUACUGGUCGGUGGUUAAAUGGUAAGCCACAUGGUUCAGGAAAAUUAGAGUGGUCUGAUGGACGUAAAUAUGUAGGACAAUUUCACAAAGGUAUUAUUCAUGGUAAUGGUAAAAUGGAAAUUCCAUCACAAGGUGUCUAUGAAGGACAGUGGAAGGAUGGUCAACAGAAUGGAUAUGGAACAAUGAAAUACAAUAAUGGAGACUUUUAUGAAGGAUAUUUCAAAGAUGGAUUACCACAUGGUCAUGGUGUUAAAAAGGAAGGUCACUUUAUGGCAUCUGUAGCAUCUGUUUAUAUUGGAGAAUGGGCUGCAGGUGUCAAACAGGGAUAUGGAAUUAUGGACGACAUUAUGACAGGUGAAAAAUACUUAGGUUCCUGGAGUAAUGGUAUGAAACAUGGUUGUGGUUUAAUAGUAACUUUAAAUGGUAUUUAUUAUGAAGGUGUUUUUAUGCAAGACGUUUUGACGGGUCACGGAGUCAUGGUGUUUGAAGAUGGUACUCAUUAUGAAGGUGAAUUUAAAUCCGCUGGUAUUUUUUAUGGUAAAGGUACAUUGACAUUUACAAGUGGUGAUCGAUUAGAAGGCAAUAUGAAUGGUGCUUGGAAAGAGGGUAUAAAAGUUAUUGCAACACUGCACAUGAAUAAAGCCAGUGGAAAUGUACAAACUAAUUCAAAACCAACAUCUUUCGGCAAGUUAUGUGUAUCACCCGAUCAGAAAUGGAAAGCUAUAUUUCGACAGUGUUAUCAACAACUUGGUGUACCUGAACCAGGUUCGAAAGCUAUAGGUGUAACUGAGAAAUCCACAGAAACCCAACGUGUUUGGCAAAAUAUUGCUAGCAUAAUAACUAAAUCACAUCAAAAAGCUUUACAACGAAGAAAACUUUCAUCAGUUAUUGCAUCUAGUAAGGAAAAAAGUAAUGAAAUAAUUGAUGAAUUAGAUAAAAUUCCUUGUUUUGGAAGAGACAAACUCACUAUCCAGAGCUAUAAUGAAAUCCAUAAGUACUUAAUUAAAGCAUUUGACAGUUCACAUCAUCCAUUAGGAGCUCUUUUAACAGAAGUUGCUGCUGUAUAUACAGCUACUUAUGGUGGUGUAAGAGUUCAUCCUUUGUUACUUAGUCAUGCUGUAUCAGAACUUCGUAGUAUUACUUCAAGAAUAUAUGAAAUAGUUACUCUUUUAUUUCCGGCCUUACCACAAGGUGGUAAAGAAUAUAUAUUUGAAACAGAAAAUGAAGAACAAGGUCAAGUUAUAAGCGCUACAGCAAUUCUUCAUCCUAUCCUAUUACCGCGUGUGCAUUCUGCACUUUUUAUAUUAUAUGCUUUACAUAAUAAAAAAGAAGAUGAUGCCUAUUGGGAAAGAUUAAUGAAAUGGAACAAAGAACCUGAUAUAACGCUAAUGACAUUUUUGGACGUUGAUCAAAAAUUUUGGAAAAAUACAAAUAUAAUGAACUUAAACGAAAGUGAAUUAUCCUAUCAAAGUAAAUCGUACUUUAGUGAAGCAAUAGAAACAUUACAGCAAUUGAAAACUAUGUUUUCUCCAUUAGAAAAGUUACUCGUAGUUAGAAAUACAUUUGAGCAAAUGACACAAAUAGUUCAAAAACAAUUGGGUACUACAUAUUUAUGGACAAUGGAUGAAUUGUUUCCUGUCUUUUGUUUUGUUGUUGUUCGUGCUAGUGUAUUACAACUAGGCAGUGAAAUACAUUUUAUAGAAGAUUUCAUGGAACCUUAUUUGCAAAAUGGAGAACUUGGCAUUAUGUUCACCACUCUUAAGGCCUGCUACUACCAAAUAUUGCAAGAGAAAAUUAAUGUAGGUGAUUGA